UUAAAAGCGUCGUUGUCACAGGAGGAUCAGAGCAGAAUAGAUCCGGAUACUAACAAACUUUCUCUCCACUCUACUCAUCUUUCACUCGGAUCAAAAAUUGGAAUAGAAACCUCUGAAAUGGAAACUACGACAGGAAAAAAAAAAAACAAAUCAAGCAAAUGAAAAAGAUCCAUAUCUGCUCUCUCACAUCAACGAGAACAAAGUAGUAAGUAUGUCCAUAGCCGACACCAUUCCGCUUGCAAGUCAGGACUUCGAUUCUAUUUCCACCCAGCCCGCGCGAAUGAUCAGCAUCUUUUGGAGCACGCGUCGUCCUCCUUCCCUGCUACGUUUUUCAGCCACUGCGAUAGAAAUAACACUGAAUUCGUUGGAACAUAGAACUUGUUGAACAAAUUUCGUUUCAUGAUUCGUCAAUUUGGGCGUAUUUUCCAAAGCAAAUUGUCUCAAGUAAAUCGAUUCCGUUACAUUCUGAGAAUACAAAGCCACGUGACAACAUAGAAAGCACGCCAUCAACAUGUCGAACCGUCCGUCGGAUCUUCCGCACGACGACGAGGAUGACAACUAUCCUCCGGAGGAGGAGAAGGACAAGCAGCAGCAGCUCAAGGAGUACCGCGAGCAGCUCCAGGUCGUGGACGAAACCCUCGCGGUGACCCCGGACACGGACCCCAGUUAUAUCCCAGAGAAAAAAGCUGGCAGGGCAUGUUUGUAAUGCAAAAAUAAAUACACACAAAAACUUGUCAUGGGUGGCCCCAUAGCAUACUGCUUCGGAUAUGCAAUACAGAUUUAUUUUUUUGUGUAUUUAUUUUUGCAUUACAAAUAUGCCCUGCCAGUUUUUUUCUGUGUGAUAAGUUACGAGGCGCUGAAGGAAGCGCGACAGGACUUGCAGGAUGUCAUCAAGCUGCUCGAGGAGGUGGUGGUCAUGGAAAAAGAGGUCGUCCAGAAGGCCCCGGAAGCGCUGCAGGCGAGACAACAAGGAAAGUUGCUGCCGGACGACGACCGACCGGCGCAGCACCGAGGCCGGGGACAUGAACUCAUAGGCAGAAGCUGCGAAGUACAUCUCCCCGGCUCGCUCAACGGCUGGUAUAAGGCUGUUUUUUGUUGAUAAAUUCAUCCAUGAGAUACAGCCUUUUCUGUACAUGCUUUACAACGCUUAGUUUUGCACUCAAUUUUCUCUUUUUGUUUUUUGAAUGCGCUUUCUUUCGCAAUUUGAACUUCCAUUUCUUUCACAAAACAGGUACAACGCAGAGGUAUUCAACAUUCGUCGCGACGAGCGGGGGGUUGACCGCGCCAUGCUGACCGUUUUUGGCGAGCGGGAGCGGAAGGAGGUUAAACUUUCCGAACUGAAGAUGCUCCGCGCUCUUCCACCGGCCGCCUGUCUCCCCGGCACGAAGCUGCAGGCAAUAUCGGUGAUUGACGGGCUUUGGUACGACUGCGUUGUGGAAGAACACACCGAUCGGGGCUACAUAGUGCGCUUUACGGACUACAAUACCAAGGACGAAGUGAAAUUUGACCAAGUCAGGCAGAAGAUUGCAAAAACGCUAGGCGGAGCUGCCGGUAAGUGAUUUGUGUUUUUCUUGAUAGAUCUUGAUCGCUACGACGUGUCUCACGACUUUGGAAAAGUAUUUUCAGGGAAAGGGGCUGAUUUCUGCCCUUGAAGUGAAAUUGUCGGAAAAAAAUACGAACAGCUGCCGCCGGAAAGCGACCUGCGAAGGAGAUAAUAACACCAGGCGGCUACGUGAUUCCCGAGCACUUCAUGGUGAAGCCUGAGGACACCGACGAGGUACUACUCGACUUCAAUAAAACAGGACCUGCUACAUUAUUUCCGUGCUUCUGUCUUCUGAACCGAACUGACUCUUCUUGCUGCUGCAUGCGUAAUUUUCAAAUGGCAUACUUAUUGCAUUCGAGCCAGAUUUCAUAAUUCAACAUGCAAAUCGCACUUCAGGUAAAAGCAAAGAAGAAGCGCAAGAUUCACCACGUGAAGCAGCAACAAAAGGACGAGAAGCAGGAGCAGGACGCCUUCAAGAAAGCGAACGGGUGGCAAAAGUUCUGCCAGAAAAACACCAAACAAAAGGGGUUUAUCAAGUCGAACCUGCAGAAGCAGAGCAUCUUCGCUUCUUCCGAUAAGGACCCGAAUCAGCGCAACCUCGCUGCCUCCAGCUCAUCCUCGGCAUUGCGCAGAUAGCUCUCGGAGUGGUCUCGUCGAAAUAGACCCUUAAAAAUGAACGUUUUGUAGUACUAACACGACGGAUAUAUUAUGAACGAACAUGGAAUUUAUCUUCAUCGGAAGCCCCGACUGACAAAGAAGAAUUGUUGAAGCAAUCUGAAAAGUGCUUUCUUACAAGCGAAGACGACAAUAAUAGCUCUAGUGAGUACAUCACACUGGGUGACAUGAACCCGAAGAUUUGGAUUUUUUUUCCGUGGCGAG